UAUAGAAUAUAUAUUUAUAUGAAUGUGUGUGUAUAUUAUUGUACUGGAGUUGCAACUGGUAUAUCUUUACAUGGUAAACAUAAGUUAACAUUUGAGUCUUAAUCUGAUUCAAUUUUUUUCCUAGUAUUUUUUCAAUUAUUUAAUUUUGAAUUGCUAAUCUUAAGAAGGUAGCAUGAUCACUAAUCCCUGCAUAAAUGUAAUCUGAAAUUUCAACAGUUUAAAUUUACAAUAAAAAUAUUGCAAAUUUAAACUGCUGGUAUUUUAGAUUACAUUUAUGAUUUAUGCAAAUGUUUAAUUAAAUCUGAUGUGUAGAUCAGUGAUUUUGCUGCUUUGUUUUGUUAAGAUUAAUGAUUAGAAAUUAAUUUAAUAAUAUAUAUUAAAAUUUAAAUUUUUUGUAUGUCUAACAAUUAAGUAGAGGCCAGUUUCCCAUAAAAGUCCUUCUGUGAGGCACCUUCUCCUUGGCAAAUCACCCAUGUAUUGUAUUGCUUUAUAUCAUCAAUCCAAUCUAUAUUCUAAGAAUAUUUAAAUUAUUUAAUUUAUAUUUUAAUUUAGAUUUUAUGGAAUGAAAAAUAAAAUAUGGAUGAAAGUCAAGCAGGAAAUAUUCAAGCAAUAGAUAAAGACAGUGUUCAUAAUAUUUGCUCUGGUCAAGUUAUUUUAACUCUUUCUUCAGCAGUUAAAGAGUUAAUAGAAAACAGUUUAGAUGCUGGAGCUACUAAUAUUGAGGUUCGUACAAAAGAAUAUGGAAGUGAAUUAAUAGAAGUUAUUGAUAAUGGAUCUGGUGUAAAGGAAAAGAAUUUCAAAGAAUUAACUUUGAAACAUUAUACAUCAAAAAUAAAAGAUUUUCACGAUAUUUCAAGUUUAAGAACAUUUGGUUUUCGUGGUGAAGCAUUAAGUUCCCUUUGUGCAUUGAGCAAUAUAACAAUAACAACGCGUUCUAAAACGGUAACUGUCGGGACUCGAUUAGAAUAUGAUCACAGUGGCUUAUUAAUAAAACAGUCACCAGUACCAAGACAAGUUGGUACAACAGUAAGUGUGCAACAUCUAUUUGCUACUUUGCCUGUAAGACAUAAAGAAUUUAUGAAUAAUUUACGGCGAGAAUUUAAUAAAAUGAUACAGUUAAUAACAGCAUAUUGUCUAAUUUGUACCAAUGUUAGAUUAUCUUGCAUUAAUCAUUUGUUAAAUGGAAAGAAAAUGACACUGUUAUCAACAACUGGAUGCUCUAAUAUCAAAGAAAAUAUUGCUUGUGUUUUUACGUCAAAACAGCUUUCUAGUUUAGUUGAAUUUACUGUUCAUCACCCAUCCACAGAGAUAAUAGAAGAGUAUUCUCUUUCACCUGCAGAAGUGGAUUUAACAAAUUUUUUCAGAAUUGAAGGUUACAUCUCCAGUUGUCAGCAUGGACAAGGCCGCAGUUCUUCUGAUAGACAGUACUUUUUUAUUAAUGGCAGACCAUGUGAAUUGCAAAAGUCUAGAAAAAUUUCAUUAAAAGUUCAGUUCUCAUUAGAAGAAACUAAAUUUCUGGAAAGACUACAUGUUUCAAGACUAUCUACUAUCUACUGUAAUCAAUGGACUAAAGAAUCAGAAGCAACUGAAUAUGAAACUUUAAUAGAUUUUGUUCGUUUCAAAUCAAAAGAAGUGUCAAGUUUUGGCUCAAAAAAUGUUGAUAUGAAUGUAACACCUGAUAAAAGAAAAAUAUUUGUACAAAAUGAAAAGUUAUUGCUUGCAAUUAUUAAGACAUCCUUGAUAAAGAUUUAUGAACCUGAACAGUCAGUAUUAAGUAGCAUGCAAUGUCAUAAAAAUAAAAUUGAUUCUAAUUCUUUUCCUACAAAAUCAAAAAUUCAGAGUGACAGUCAACUUAAACAUGGAAACUUAAAAAGAUCACUGUCAGUGUUUUUACAUUCUCAAAAUAUAUGUAAUGAAAAUACUUCAUUACCAGAUAAGUUAUCAGCAUUUGAAUCAAAAUAUGUAAAAAAUCGAAGCGAAUCAUUUCAAAAUCUAAGUAAUGCCUUAACUACUAAACAAAGAGAAUCUUCAAGUAAAGACAGGAUCACUAACUUUUUUGAAUCUAGAAAGAGACAUAAAAUGAACCAUUCCUUCAGUGAUAAGUUAUCUUAUGAGUCACAUAAGGACACUUCUUGUUUAAAAAUAGAAAAAUGUGAAACAAGAAAUAUUGAUGUAAGAAAUAAAGAGCUGUCUACUGAACAUGAAAUUGUUGAUGAGAAUGUCACUUUAGAUAAAUGUACACCAAGAAAUAAAAAAUCUGUUACUUUAAAAAUUUCUAUGGAAAAUUUAAAAAAAAAUUCUUCUCAAUUAAAGAAAAAAAACUCCAAAGAAUUAAUUAGAAAAUUUAAAGCAAAAAUUGAAACAAAAGAUAACAAAAAUGCAGAAGAAGAAUUAAAGAAAGAAAUAAGUAAAGAAAUGUUUGUUUCUAUGGAAAUAAUUGGACAGUUUAAUAAAGGUUUUAUUAUAACAAAACUUGGAUCUGAUUUAUUUAUUAUUGAUCAACAUGCUACUGAUGAGAAAUAUAAUUAUGAGAUUAUGCAACAAAAUGAAAUUUUAAAAAUGCAGAAAAUGGUACACCCAAUGUGUUUAAAUUUAACUGCGGUUAAUGAAUUCUUGCUGAUCGAAAAUCUAGAAAUUUUUCAAAAAAAUGGAUUUGAUUUUGAGAUUAAUGAAAAUGCAAAAACUGGAGAAAAAAUAAAGUUGACAUCUUUACCAAUCAGCCAGGAUUGGAGUUUUGGAAAAGAUGAUAUUGAAGAAUUGCUGUUUUUACUUGCUGACUGUCCCAGAAAAAUGUGUCGACCUUCACGAGUGUACCAGAUGUUGGCAUCCCGUGCUUGUCGUAAAUCAGUGAUGAUUGGGACUGCUCUCUCUCAUAAAGAUAUGAGAAAACUUAUAGAUCAUAUGGGAAAAAUUGAACACCCCUGGAAUUGCCCUCAUGGAAGACCUACAAUAAGACAUUUAUUUAAUUUGGACCUUUUAGAGGACUUAUAGUUAUUUAUUCCAUUCUAAACUAUAUAAAAUUCAUCUAUUUUUUAUUAGUAUUUUGUUUUACUAUCAUCAUCUUAUGGAAUCAUACUGUAGGAAUUUAUGUAAUUAUACUUACUUUUAUACCAUAUAUACAUGUAUACAUUUGCACAUAUUACUGUUUAUAUCUGUUAUAUGAAUAAAUAUUUCUGUAAAAUUUUUUAUAUUUUUUUAUA